AUGGUAUUGUUAAUACUAAUACUUACAGUCCUUUGUAAAGCAGAGUUUGAUCUUAACCUUGAUGACCAUUCAUUAUUUAAUCAAUUCCAAGCUAAAUACAAUAAAGUCUAUGAAACACCAAGUCAAAAAUUAUAUAGAUUCUCAAUUUUUAAAGAAAGAGUUAAAUUAAUUAGACAAAGAAAUGCAGAAAGAACAAGAGAAUCAGAUGCAAUCUUUGUAAUAAAUGCAUUAACAGAUUUAUAUCCAGCAGAGUAUGGAGUAGUUCCACCUAUUCCAAUUGAUAUUUCUAAAUUAAAAGGAUAUGAUGACCAUUACAAUAGAGAUUAUAAUGAACCACCACCUUUACCAGAAGGAGAUAUACUUCCAGUAUAUCAUACUUAUUGUGGUAAAUAUGUUGUUAAUAAUACGAAAAGAGAUGCAGUUGAUUUAUGUGGAAAACAAUUUAAUCAAGGGUCAUGUGGUUCAUGUUAUGCAGCAUCAACAGCAAAUUUAGGACAAUAUCUUUAUGCCAAUAUUUCAUAUUAUUAUAAUGACAAAGAUAUUAAUAAAACUGUUAAACCAUUAUUCACACCACAACGUUGGAUAGAUAAAGCAAUUCCAGGAGGAACUAAUCUUCAAAUUAGUAGGAGGUGUUGUGGAGGAAAUCCAAUGAAUAUUCUUGAUGCUGAACCAUCAUAUUCACUUGAAUCAGAUUAUCCAUAUAUCGAUGGAUCAGGAUCAACAAGCACAUCAUGUUCACCACGAGGAGAUCAAAAUCCAAAUGUUAAAAUUCAAAUGAGAAAUGACCAUUACCAUGUUUUUGCCGUUACAGGAACUCAUGAAGAAAAAGUAUUGACAUUAAAAAAGAUUCUUCAUCAUUAUGGACCUAUUUCAACUGCUAUUUACAGUAAUGCAGACGUUUUAUUUGCAAAUGCAGGAAGUGGUAUUUAUACAUUCCCAUCAACAUGUACUGACACUACUUCAACAGAUCAUCAAGUUAUUCUUGUUGGUUAUGGUAAAGAAGAUGGAAGAGAAUUCUUUAUUAUGAGAAAUUCAUGGUAUGAUGGUUGGGGAGAUGGAGAUAAUUAUUUAAAGAUAUCAACUGAUGUUUUGUGUGGAAUUGGUCAAAAGAUUGGUGAUUAUAUUAUUCCAUUAAAUUACAUUGUAUUUGCUGGUAAUUGCAAGUUAGAUAAAAAUUGUAAUUCUUGUGAUGAAAAAACAUUAGUGUGUUCUUCUUGUAAAGAAAAUACUACUCUUGAUGCAAGAGGAAUGUGUGUUGGUGAAUGGGAAGAUCCUUAUGCUAAUGUUGAUGAUGGGUCUGUUUCAAUUCUUUUGAAUAUGAGUAUUCUCCUUAUACUAUUAUUCUUUAUGAUUUAA